AUGGCUUGCAACGGCAACUCUGCCGAGUACUGUGGUGGUCCCAACCGUCUGAACGUCUAUGACUUCCAGAACAAGUACCAGUCUCCUCCGGCCACCUCCACCUCCGCCGUGGUCGCCUCGUCCGCCGACCCUGUAGUGUCCGCGGCGCCUACCUCGACUGUCCCCAGCCAGCCACCGACCGUCGGCAACUGGAAGUUUUACGGAUGCCAGACCGAAGCAACCAACGUCCGUGCGCUCAACAGCAAGACCUUUGCGGCCGACACCAUGACGUUGGAGAGUUGUGCGACUUUCUGCGCCGGCUUCACCUUUUUCGGCGUCGAGUACUCUCGCGAGUGCUACUGCGGCAACUCCUUCUCUGCCGGCUCUGUCGCCGCUGCCGCCGGCGAUUGCUCCAUGACGUGCAUGGGCAACAAGCUCGAGUACUGUGGAAAUGGCAACCGCCUGUCUGUUUACACCAUUGGCGAUGCCACCCAGCCCAGUUCGUCUUCCGGACCUUCUCCUACGUCAAGCGCACCGGCAGUCCCCAUCGCCACCGGCUUGCCUGCAGGCUGGACAGACCAAGGCUGCUGGGUCGACAACUUGAACGGUCGCAUCCUUCCCCAGCAACUUCAAGAAGACCCCAACAUGACGCUUGCCUCCUGCGCCCAGGCAUGCGCGGCCGCAGGCUACACUGUUGCUGGUGCCGAGUAUCACACACAGUGUUUCUGCGGCAAUGCCGUCUACGCUGGCGGUGCUGUUGCUUCGGACCCCACAACCUGCAACACUCCUUGUGGAGGCAAGCCUGAUCAGAUGUGCGGUGGUCCCAACCGCAUGACCAUCAUGUCCAAUGGCAAGCCUACAGUCUACCAGCCCCCUGUCCCCCAAACGAGUGGUUUCAAUGGCAGCUGGGCCUACCAAGGCUGCCUUACUUAUGAGGGCACAACGCGUCCUCUCAAGUGGCAGGUCCUCUUCCCAGGCGUCAACACUGCGAACCUGUGCCUGGAUCGGUGCGCGCAGUUUGGGUACGCGGCGGCCGGUCUCGAGUACGGCGAGGAGUGCUACUGCGGUGAUCCAGCCAACAUCGCAGCCGCCCCCCCUCCGGUCAGCUUCGUCCCUGAUACGCAGUGCAACAUCGUCUGUCCCGGCAACGCAAGCGCCAUUUGCGGUGGUGGCACUCGUCUCUCCAUGUACUAUUGGACCGGCAAGCCUCUCUACUCGUGGGAUUUUGGUACGGACGCGCUCACGGCAGGGUCCUACGAGCUUCUCAUCGGCGGUGUCUGCAUUCCCCUGAUGACCAUGGAGACCAUCACUGGCAAGGUCACCUUCCUCGAGAAGUUCGGUACCGGACCGCCCAACUCCACUGGCGCUUACGAGCUCGACCUGUCCCUCGUCCCGGACAUCAGCACGUCCUGGAGACCCAUGCACGUCAAGACGGACGUCUUCUGCUCUGCCGGCAUCACUCUCCCCGAUAAGGCAGGCCGCCAACUCAACCUUGGUGGUUGGUCUGGUGACUCUACCUACGGUGUCCGCCUUUACUGGCCCGAUGGCAAGCCCGGAACCCCUGGCACCAACGACUGGCAGGAGGAUGUCGAGCAUCUUCGCAUGCAGGAUGGCCGCUGGUACCCCUCUGCCAUGAUCAUGGCCAACGGCUCCAUCUUCGUUAUUGGAGGCGAGGAGGGCUCCAACGGUGCAGCUGUGCCUACCAUCGAGGUCCUGCCUUUUACCGGCACCAAGCCCCUCACCAUGGACUGGCUCGCGCGCACCGACCCCAACAACCUGUACCCCUUCGUUGCCGUACUUCCCAGUGAGAACAUCUUUGUUGCUUACUGGAACGAGGCCAGAAUCUUGGACAAGACCACAUUCGACACCAUCAGUGUUCUUCCUCUGAUUCCCGGUUCCGUGAACAACCCCAAGGCGGGCCGUACCUACCCGCUCGAGGGCACUGGCGUUCUUCUGCCCCAGCACGCCCCUUACACCGAUCCUCUUGGCGUUCUCAUCUGCGGUGGCUCCACCGACGGCCCUGGUCUUGCUUUGGACAGCUGCGUUUCGAUCGAGCCGGAGGGUGCCAACCCCCAGUGGGUGCUCGAGCGUAUGCCUUCGGUCCGUGUCAUGUCCUGCAUCGCUCCUCUUCCCGACGGUACAUACCUCAUCAACAACGGCGCUCAGCAAGGUGUUGCCGGUUUCGGUCUUGCCACAAACCCCAACCUCAACGCUCUCCUGUACGAUCCCCGGAAGCCAAUCGGCCAGCGAAUCACGGUCAUGGCCAACACCACCAUUGCCCGUCUCUACCACUCCGAGUCCAUUACCCUCCUCGACGGCCGUGUUCUCGUCAGUGGAUCCGACCCCGAAGAUGGUGUCCAUCCCCAGGAGUACCGCGUCGAGGUCUUCAACCCUCCCUACCUGACCAGCAAGAAGCAGCGCCCUACAUUCACCCUCCCCGUGACUGACUGGGCUUACGGCAGCACAUACACCUUCAGCCUCGGCCAUGCUCCCGUCAACGGCGCAAUCCAGGUCUCUCUCCUCGGCUCCGUGUCUUCGACGCACGGCAACUCGAUGGGCGCCCGCACGAUAUUCCCCGCCGUGAGCUGUGGCCCUACUCAAUGCACUGUCACCGCGCCGCCCGGCCCCGGUGUUGCCCCUCCGGGGUGGUACCAGUUCUUCGUCCUCGACGGUGGAAUCCCUGCCGUCGGCGUUUACGUCCGCAUCGGCGGUGACCCCGCCGGCCUCGGCGCGUGGCCCAAUGUCCCGGGCUUCAAGACUCCUGGCGUCUAA